CGAACUCUAGCGUUUUUUAUGAACACUAUAUCUUCUUAUACAUGUGCUAAACGUUUUGGCCAUUUUCAAUGUAGAACAAUGUCUCGCCAAACCCGCAAUAGCAAUCAGCAACAAUCACCUCGCCCGCCUCCACCUCUCCCGCCUCUACCUCCUCCUCAGCAGCACGCUCGGGGUAGAGAUCCCAUUACCCAGUUCGUGCUCGAUUUCCGUAACAUACAUCCUCCGACGUUCACCAUGGUUGAGGGCCUCGAAGCUGUGGCCGAAUGGCUUCAGCAGCUAGAGAGUAUCUUUGAUAUGCUAUUCACCACUGAUGAGGUGAAGAUUCGUUGUGCUUCGUUCCAGAAGACCGGAGAUGCUAGAACUUGGUGGACCGACUACUGGAGGCUUCGUCCUCGUGCUGAGAAGGAUGCUUUGAC